UUUGGGAAUUGGUGGCGCACUACAUUUAGUAGAGUUGUCGGAUUUAUUUUCGCUGGGUGCUGCCGUCAUUUGAAAACAGGACACUGUAAUGUAUGAUGCGGCUUACCAACAGUGAUUCUACGUAGUCUACAAACAAAAAAAGAUGACAUUGAGUGAAAAAGAUAUAACAAGAGGCCAUGAAUUUUAUUUGAGACACCUUUUGCUAUUGGGACAAGCUGCACCUGUAUCUUUAAAGGCCAUUCUAGAAAGAGAAGUCAGUAAGAGCGGUAAAAGACUUGGCGAUCUAUUAGCUGAGCGCAAAGACACAUUCAAGACGUAUCACAAUGCAGAGUUUUAUCAGUUGUUUAAAGAUGAAGAGGUCAAUACAGACAUUGAUUCUUGGGACACACUCGUGCUUUGUGUUGUAAUACUGGUACUGUUUGAUUCAUACUUAGUUAAUGAUGAGGUUGAAGCGAUAAAGAUAAUAAAAUAUCAAAGUAAUGAAUUAGAAAAGUUUGCCCACUCUGCUUCGAUUACCUACAAAACGUUUGAGGAAAAAUGGGUUCCGUUGCAUUCGGCAUUUCUAGAACUCAACACAGGAAUUCAUGACAAGAUGAAAUUCGAAUGCACACGAAUGAUUUAUUCGUUUAAAUCGGAAGAUAUUAGAGUUCAUUUAGAUCUAUUUAAACAAAUAAAAAAGACACACGAUGUCAAAUUGCACCUUAAGAUGGUCAUACAAGACAAAAUUGCUCCAAGGAUACAUGGCGACAUUGACCAAGCAUGCGACAAAGACGACAAUGAAUAUCCAGUAUUCACAGAAACUCUUCAAGACAAGGUUGUUUAUGUCGGAGAUUCUGCUAUUCUUACGUGUAAACUCAACGUUUCUGAGAACACAGUCACGUGGCGACAUGAUUACAAACCAGUAAAAGAAACUGAGACCCUGAAGUUUCUUACAGAUAAAUGUACACAUUGGUUGGCAAUUUCUCGCGCGAAGCUGUCAGAUAUAGGAGAAUAUGCUUGUGCUUGUGGGAAAUCUUCGACUAAAUGUUCUCUCCAGGUUUUAGAAAAAAGUUUAAAGAUUGUAAAGGAUUUACAUGUCGCUACCAUCGAAUCAGAUAUCAGAGAGAACAUGGAUAUUGUUCUUAUUUGUGAGGUCAACCUACAUACGAAUAAAGUUGUCUGGCGACAUAAUGAAGAUGAAAUCAGAUCAUGUAACAGACGUCUAUCGUCAGUUAAUGUAUUCGAACAUAGACUGAUAAUCCGGAAAGCAAAGUUUGAGGAUGAGGGUGAUUACACUGUUCACUUCAGUGGUGUUUCGUCCAGUACAAAGAUAAUAAUAAAAGGUAACGUCAGUCUUUUACACAGGAAACAGUUGAUGGAAAAUCAGUACAAAAAUUGGUUAAGAAGUACACUUGGUCUAAAAUACUUGAAAAUUGGUUUAGAAGGGUUUACAGAUACUACAGUAAAAGCUCAUCAUGAUGAAAUUAUUAGCAAAGUUCCUACUGCUGGAAUAGAAUGCACAGACUGUACUUUAGAAGUUCUUCUUCCUUGGCACAAUAAGGACCUUUGUCACAAACAACAUGUUUGUCUUUGUUCUAAUAAAUCACGUAAGAGGAAGGUAUGUCCUAAUAACGGAUUCUGCAGUAAGUUUUAUGACACCAUACUUUGGGAUCACCAAUUCUUCGAUCCAAUGAUGACAAAUACAGAUAUACAAAAGUGGAGCAGUGAUCCUUGGAGUGUUGGUGCAUGUAAUAUCCACACUGCUGGCUACAAUAACCGAUCGUCAGCGAAACAGAUUGACUGUGCGGGAGUGUUGAGUUUGUUUAUUAAUAACUGCUUCUUUGAGAGAAGUCUAGAUGAAACAGAUUUAAAUGAUAAAACAGAUCUAUUUAAGAAGGCGAAGGAUGCACGCAAUGAUAUUCUUCACAAUGCGAAUUAUGAGCUGUCUGAAUGUCAAAUGUGUGGUUAUAUAGACUUAUUCAAAAGCGUUCUGGAGAUCAAAAACAGAAAUGAUGGAUCGUAUUUUUUCAACCAUCCUGGUGUAAAGGAAGCCAUCAACAGUUUAAAUGAGUUGCGGGAACACCAGAUUGAUUUACACAUUUCUGAAGACCGUAGGUAUAUUAAGGAUCUGCAAGAACACGCUCAGAGUGAAUUAGCGGAAAAGGUUAAAGAAGCUGACAAACAGAAUCACAUGAAAGUUCAGAAGUUAGAGGAACAACUGACACAUAAAGAGAAAGAGCUUCAACUAAUGAUUGCCUUCCGAUCAACACACAUGAAAGGAACAGAGUCAAAAGAUCCUAAAGUGCCAUUCCAACUCGACUUCCACAUAAGAGUUAUUGGAUCAUCAGGAGAGACAAUUACAGAAGGGAGACAGCGCAUCUACGACAGCAUGAAGGAUUUUGUUGCAAACUACAAUCAUGACAAACCUACUGCGCCUAUAUAUGCGUCUGAUCAAUCUACUGAUCAAUCGGUUCGCCGUAUUCUUGGAUAUAUAACCAACAUUGAAGGCUGUCAUAUGAAAGAGGUGCUAGAAACAAAGAUAUCUGCCUACAUUGAAAUCCACUGUUUUACUUGUGAUGCUUUUAGCCAGUUUCUCAAGUAUAUCAAUGGAAACGAGCUGCAAGAAGAAACGCAGCUGCUAAGAAAAUGUCUACAGAUAAAGGACAAGAUAACAGCAUAUGAUGUAAUAGCAAGCUGUUCAUCAGAAAAUAUAGAGAAUACAAGAAAGCGGCUGCAUAACUUCACUUGUGAUAUCCAUCAGGGUACGCAGUGCACGUGGUAUUGUUCUGACCAUGACAAGUUUUUCUGCUCGGCGUGUAAGGAUUCAGACCACAGAUCCUGUGUUGGAUUAAAGCAGGUCGUAUCAGAAAGGUCUUACGGGAAACAGAAUCAAAGGCUUGCCGUUAACCGUAAAUUAGGAGACUAUAAUAUACAGAUAAAGAAUCGUUGGAUAAACAGAGACGCCAAUGAUGAAUGUAACUGUGACAUAGACAGUAUCCGUAUGCUUCCUGAUGGUAACGUUCUCCUUAUUGAUAGUUAUAACAUGAAACUGAAGAAAAUUGACAGUUCGUAUAACGUCGUCAGUCACUGUGAUAUUCCGAAAGAUUCCUAUAGCUGCAAAGACGUGUGUUAUAUAGGUAACGAUAGAGCUGUUGUCUGUAGUGAGGAUGGUAGAAUUCAGUAUGUGAAUGUAUCGGGUAAGAUGAAGCUUGAGCAUGCUGUACAGCUUAAGCACGAAUGUCACGGUCUGGUUUGUCAUGGUGAUACACUCUAUGUCAUAGGUAGUGAAAUAUAUACAUAUACCAUAUACUGUCAGGGGAAGCAUCUUCUUUACAACAUAGAACAAACUGGGCCAUAUUUCUCCCGUAUUGCUAUCAGUGAUGACGCUGAACGAAUUUAUUUUACAAAUGGUGCAAAAGGUCUUAUAACAAUAGAUAACAAAGGAAACCAUCUGUUCACUUUGAAGGCUGACAUAAGUCAUCAAAUACUAGAUGUAUGUGUUGUUGGGGACGGUACUGUACUUGUAUUAGACCUUAAAGGAAGUGUACAUCAGGUUGAUUAUAGCGGAAAACAAGUUCUUGGAACAAUUGCUGUUGACCGGUCGCCUG